CCUGGUUAAUCGAGUUCGGUUCGACGCGCUCCGCUCCUGCCGCUCCCGCUGUGUGAAAGCUGAAUACUCUGACUCGUGUAAAUUGCAAACGACCACCUCGCUUCAACAUACUCAAUUUCAGACAAUCGUAGACUGUCGAGUGAGUGGUACGACUGAUCAUCACUUCAUCCUAACGGUGAAUUCGGUUAGAGUUUGGGAUAUUCAUUGUACAACCGAGUACAUCUAUCAGCAUGUCUGGACGUGGAAAGGGAGGAAAAGUCAAGGGAAAGGCAAAGUCCCGAUCAAACAGGGCUGGUCUUCAAUUCCCUGUUGGAAGAAUUCACAGACUUUUGAGAAAGGGAAAUUACGCCGAACGCGUCGGUGCUGGUGCUCCAGUUUACUUGGCUGCCGUCAUGGAAUACUUGGCAGCUGAAGUCUUGGAGUUAGCAGGUAAUGCCGCUCGUGAUAACAAGAAGACCAGAAUUAUCCCUCGCCAUCUCCAGCUUGCCAUUCGGAAUGACGAGGAAUUAAACAAGCUUUUGUCUGGAGUAACCAUCGCUCAGGGCGGAGUGCUACCAAACAUCCAAGCUGUUCUCCUGCCAAAGAAGACGGAGAAAAAAGCUUAA